CAGAAUGAAAAAGAACAUUUCAACUUGAACCCAUUGUGCGAGCUGUCUCUUUAGUACCGCGUGGUUUAUUUACAUGUUGCUGCUGAUUGGACUGCAGUUCUGACACACCCACCAAACAAGAGAAAACGCAUCUAAAACCUUUUGCACACCUGCACGCCGUUUCCAGGAAACAUGUUGUUCAACCGGGAAAUCGUAGCAAAACGUUGUGCACCGGUGUGAGCUUGAACGUGCCCCAGGUAAACAUAUCCGUUUACAAUGGGAGGUGGCAUGUAGGCUAUUCAAAGGAAGUAAAAUAAGUUUUGUUUUGGGCAGAAGCGAAAGCGCUUCAUCUCUCAGAUCUUUCUGUACUUUGGACCAACAGGUGUAAUCGCUAGUGGGUGAUUUUGUAUUAUUUAUUUUGUUUAGUUGAUUUCUGGGUCCAAGAAAACAGCGAAAUGGAUCCUGCAUCCAAAACACACACAAACAACAGGAGAAAUCGCUUUGAUCAUCAUAGAAACAGACAGCAUGGACGCAAUUAUUCCUCGCUUCCAUAUAAACGUGUGCAUAGACGACAGACGUUUUCAGAAAGUGAGAGAAAGGGAUCUGGUGGAUGCAUUUAUUCCCGACCUCUGCGAUCAGCAGAAUCACAAGAUCACCAAGAAUCACCAACAAACAGAGAUGAUGACUCAAAUUUCAAGACACUUUUGUUGAAUAUGAUCAUAAAGAACCUACAGCCAUUAAGCACUGUGACAGGAUUCCAGGAUCUUGCAAGCAGUCUACACCCCUCUUUAAAUAUAAAUGAGUCCUCGAUCCAAACUGAACUUCAGAGCAUUUAUAGCCAAAAACGACUGGAAGUACAGAACGCAAUUAAUGCUGAGAGUAAUCUUGUCCUCUCUGCAGAGCUGUGGAGUUCAGAUAAGACGGUGUUUUAUCUGACAGUAUCUUGCCAUCUUAUAAACGAAAACUGGAUGCAGAAAUCCUAUGUGCUAGAUACAGCUCACCUCCUCAUUGAGCGUACACCAGAACAUGUUGUAAAGCACCUGAUGAGAAUUUCAAAUGAGUGGAACAUCACAGAAAAAAUUCAAGUUGUGGUCACAAAUAUUGAUGACAUGAAAAAGGUCGACAAAAGUAUAUGCCAAUGGACAUUUAUACCUUGUUUUGCCCGUACGCUGGAUAAAGUGUUCAGAGAAACAUUAGGUGAGACUGUCUGGAAACAUCUGUUGGGAAAAUGUCAGCAAAUAGUUUCAUUUUUCCACCAGAACCCCAAAGCUUCAGAAAGCCUCCAGAAGCAUCUCUCUCACCUCAAGCUCCAAAAAAAUAAUCUGAUUCAGAGCACUGAUCUACGGUGGCUUCCUACACUUCACAUGCUUCAGAACAUCUUAGAGCUGUGGCCCGCCAUUUUUAAGGUUUUUAUUGACUUUCUAGAGGAGAAACUUUGUUUAAAUGAGAAUGAAAGAAAAAUAUUGGAAGAUAUUUUAGCAGUACUGAAGAUUCUAAAGAUGGUUACUGAAGAAAUGGGAAGUCAAGAGUACAGCCCCAUCUCAAUGAUCAUACCGCUGGUCCAGAGACUGCAGGAGGAACUGAGAAAACUGGAGAUGGAAAACGAAAUAGCCAAGACACUGUCUGCGAGAUGUGACCAUCAUUUCGGCAACAUCAAGCAAAAUCAUUGGUUCAGAGUUAGCACAGCACUGGACCCACGAUACAAAACCUGUGUGAUGGAUUCUAAUAUUGAUGUCAAAGCAGAAAUCCAAUCAUUGAUCAAGGGAAACAGACAUACUACGCACAACAGUUAUGACACAAGAAGUGAAGAAAUUAUUCUGGAAAAAUACUGGACAUUUAAAAGAAAUUCAGAGGAUCCACUUGAUUUCUGGAGGAGCAGAGUUGAGUUUAAACAACUGGCGACAGUCGCCCGCAAAUACCUCACAGUGGUCUCCACUGCAAUUCCAAUUGAUCGUGUGCAUCAGCUAGAAAAAUCCCAGGCCAUGAACCGGAGAAAUUGCCUGGACCCCAGAAAUCUCAGUAUGAUCCUGUUUUUGAAAAACAACUAACCAGAACAUUUUAUUAUUAUAGAGUGUGUAUACAUUUAUUCUGUGGUGUUUCAACACGUGUCUGAAUCAAAUGGACAAAAUGAUUCAUUGGAUUAACUCAAUACAAUAUUGUGGGCAGUAUUUCCAUCCAAUAUGAAUGUUUACCCCUAACUCAUAAAAAACUGCUUUACACAAUAAAAAUAUAUUGAGUUAGUCCAACUCAAUUUAAAGUAAAUGGCAAUACCCAAUUAGUUGCCUCAACUCAAUUUAUUGUAGUCUGAAUAACUCGAUUUAGCAUAGUUUGAAUAACUCAAUGUAGGGUAGUCUGAAUAACUUAAUUCUGUUAUGUUAUUUUAUAUAAAGCGUUUUCAAACGCUUCUAAAUCAAUAAGAUAAACGGAGAUUAAACACUAUUAAGUCUUUCCUUUUUACCUAAAAAUGCAUAAAAUAACACUUAAUUAAAAAAAUUACUCUCCAAAAGCAGUUGCAUUGCAAAGCAUGCUGGGAAAUUCUUUUUCCAGAACCAAAACUCAAACUAAUUGUGUUAACACGAUUAAAAAGAAAUCAAUAAAUUAUAGUACAUAUUCAUUUGUGUUAGACUAAUUAAAUAUAUAUACUUAUUGCUCUUAAUGAGGUAUUUUAAAUUAAUUGAACACAAUUUUAAUGUGUCAUUUCUAAGAAGGGCUUGGAUCAUUUUUUGAGUGCACUGGGUUAAAAUAUUGGUUUGUCCAUUUUAUUAAGCCACGGGUAUAUUUAUUUAAUAUGUUUAAUAUUACAUACAUUAUAUAGUUUAGAUUUGAUUUAUAUAUUAAACAUGAAUAAAGAAAAUUAAUGAAGAGUUACAUUCAAUCAUUAAAACUUAUUUUACUACGAAGGACAGCAAGUAAAUGUAGCCUACUUGUAUAGCAUGUUAUAAAGUAAGUACUUAUAAAGUAAAGCUUAUUUUUUGCCUUUCUUGUAAAACAGCAACUUCGAAAAAUAAUGGAUAACAGUAAUUAUAUUGUAGCAUUAGAAAUACUACUGUGAUUAGAGCUAUAUUGGGUGGUGGUCUGUAUAAAGUCCGAUAUUAAAUGUGUUCUCAGUUUGUCAUACCUCAGAAAAAUCUGCUAUUACCACCCAGACAGAUUUUAAUGAUAAAACGGCAAGUAAAUUUAUAAAAAUCUUAGAAAAAUAGGCAGGAUUCUCUGCUCUCAAACGUUAUAGGGCGUGUCCGCUGUUGAAGCUGAAACCACGCCCACUCGCGGGAGAGCUUCCGCCUCUCAACUUUCAAACACCGCUACAACCCGAAGGGAUACUCGUGAUUGAGUCAAAAGCAAAUAUGAUGAUUGUGAUAUUUUGUUUGUUUAUUUUUGUCAUAAUAAUACAUUCAAUAAAGUUCACUUAGAUUUUUUCUCUAUGUGUAAGUUAGCCUAUGCUCACCGUACUGUAUGAGUUUCUAGUGUCUUGUGGUUGUUAUUCACCUGUUAUUUUAUGGUGUAUAGCCUACAAAUGAAGGUAGGAUGAAACUUUUUUUUUUAAAUCGGAGGGUCUGUUCUUUCAUUUGAUGUAUUUUAUGUUUAUUUAAAGAAUAAUUUUUUUCUGGAAGGCAUUAAACUUAAACUGGGUGGCAAUAAAAAAAACUGAUGGGGAAAUUUAUUUAAGCAUGCUUCCAAGCUCUACAACAUGAUCCACACUACAACAGCUGCACGAUGUACAUGUUAAUGUAUAAAUUAGAUGAAAGUUGAUUUAUGAAAAUAAACACCACAGUCUUUAAUCAAUUUUCAUUGUGUCUUGCUGCGUCUUGCUUG